AUGAUGAUGUUUGAUACUUGCAAGGAGCCAGACCUGUGCAUUGUCUAUGGGGAACCCAUCAGGCAAAAGCCCAUCAUCCACAAGAGAACGGGGGGUCAGCAGGAAGCCCACCCAGUUGAUGAGGAGGAUGAACCCCUUUUUCAUGGAGGAAGUUGCAGAGCCUCCUGGAAAAUCACAGUACAGACAAUUCCUGGUGCUGCUAAGGAGCAGGAUGUGUGCAUUGUGGGUGAGGAGAACAUCUGGCACUACCCCAACACCUGCGAGAGAAAUAUGUGUUUGCAGAAAAUCAGCUCAGGGGACUGUCCAGUUUACAGCAAAGGAGACUACAGUGUCCCAAGUAAAACUCCAGCCCAGACCGUUGUUGAUGCCACAGCCAGGAUGAUGAUGCUUGAUACUUCUAGGAAGCCAGACCUGUGCAUUGUCUAUGGGGAACCCAUCAGGCCUAAGGCCAUCAUCCAUAAGAGAACUGAGGGUCAGCAGGAAGCCCACCCAGUCAAGGUGGAAGAGGAGGUACCCCUUCUUCAUGGAGGAAGUUGCAGAUCCCCCUGGGAAAUCAUGUUGGAGACAGUUCCUGGUGCUGCUGAGGAGCAGGAUGUGUGCAUUGUAGGUGAGGAAAACAUCUGGCACAACCCCAACAUCUGUGAGAGAAAAGCGUGUUUGCAGGAAACGCUCUCAGUGGAGGGUACCGUUCACAGCAAACUAGAUUCCAGUGUCCCCAGUGAACCUCCAGCCCAGACUGUUGGUGAUGCUGCUAAAGGACAAGACAUCUGCAUUGUGUAUGACCAAGGUGUCCUACAAAAGCACACAGUCCAUAUCAGAAUUGGGUAUCCUGAGGAAACACACCCAGGGGAGGAUGUAGUUAAACCUAUUGUUGGCGGAGGAGAUUGGAAAGGCCCCAAGGAAUCCACCUUCCAGCCCGCUGUUGAUGCCACCAAGGAGCAAGACGACUCCUAUGAGGAAAUGGUUAGUCAGAAGCCCAUUUUUCAAGGAACAGCCCCCAGUGAAGCCACAGCUCAGAGAGAUAUGGAUACUGGUAAGUAAUGGGACUCCCGGGUAAUGCAUAUUGGGGAGGGAAGCCCCAGGCAGAAUUCCUCCUUAGCUCGAGGUAUUAAUGACAAGCACACAGGGCUAUUUUUGAGGUCAUCCCAUGCUACACCAACUUACAGUAGACGCACUAAAAGUAAUGGACCGACAUACAACCCACUCUAUGUAGGUUCUGUUUGCUGGGUAAAUUGGACUGCUCUUGAGUUGUAUAUAUUUAUAUAUAAGCCUUGUGCAUAAAUUUUUCAAUUUCGCUUUGUACUUUUUGUUGUUCUGUUUGUUGUUCACAACUACUUUCCCUAUGUUCAUAGUCUGCUACUUUUGCUGUACUGUCUGCUCUUGAGCAUUAGAAAAGUUUCAAUGCAUCAAGAAUUAGAAAUCUUGAUCUAACCUUGUGAUGGACAAACAAUAGAGCUAUGCUUCCUAAAGCCAAUGUAAGCUUCCACCUGCAGACUGAGAAAAUAUUUGCUCUCGAGAGUAAAAUCUCUACAGGUAGAAACUUGCUGGUGAAUCUGAUGCAAUGGCAAAACCAGACUCAGGAUAUUGAGCAGAGUGGAAAGAAAGGUCACCCAUGAUGGCAACUCAUUGCCCGCUUAGACAACAAUGGCCCAAAAGUGUAUCAAAAAGACGAAACAUAUUACAUUGAAUGUCUCAGUUUCCAUCUCUCUCUCUGACAUCCAUGUUUUCCUUCUUUCUUAUCCAGCAGGUGUUGUGCAGUGGAGACAGAACAAAAGGAAAACUUUGAAAACAGCACAGGAUGAGAUGGUGGAGCAGAACCUCCUGAGUCACAAUGGACCAAGGAGGGAAAAGAGAAGCCACAGAAAACGGAAGACAGAAAAAUCCAUCGUUCCUCAAAGUGGCUUCUUCACUGAGCAAGGAGAACAACCAGAAAACAGAGAUGCUUUGAGAACAUCCACAAAGGAGAAAACAAUUCAAAGGGCAGAGUCUGGAGAAAUAAGCAGUGGGAGCAGAAACAAUGGAAACAGCCCCACAUGCCCUACAGAGGUGAAGCGAUUUACUUGUUUGGAGUGUGGAAGGAGCUUCAGGUAUCAGAAGCAGUUUGCUGCCCAUCAGAAGAUUCACACAGGACAGAAAUCACAUAAAUGUGCAGACUGUGGAAAGAGCUUCUGCAGGAAAUGGAACCUUAAAGUACAUAAAAGAACCCACACAGGGGAGAAGCCUUUUAAAUGUUCAAAGUGUGAGAAAAGCUUCACUGACAGCUCAAACCUUACAGUACAUAAGAGAACUCACACAGGGGAGAAGCCUUUCAAAUGUUCAAAGUGUGAGAAAAGUUUCACUGUGAGCUCAAACCUUGCUGACCAUACAAGAACUCACACAGGAGAGAAGCCUUACAAGUGUUUGGAGUGCGAUAAAUGUUUCGCACACAGCUCACACCUUACAGUACAUAAAAGAACUCACACAGGAGAGAAACCCUACAAAUGCCCUGUGUGUAGAAAAAGCUUCAGUGAGAGCGGAGGUCUUUCCAGACAUACAAGGUCUUGCCAUACAGGGGAGAAACUGUACAAGUGUGAACAAUGUGGAAAGAGCUUCACCCAUAAAUCAGACCUCAAGAGGCAUCAAGAGCACCACACAAGGGAGACGCCCAACCAGGGUUCAAAUCUCAGUGAGAGUUUAGAUGAUGAAUUGAGACCUCAUGAAGGUGAGAACGCACAACGGAUGGAAACCAUGUAA